GGCACUUUUCCCUUGCUCUGCACAGGUUCAUUUUGGUGCAGACAGGGGACAGCUGAGAUUGUGACACUCUGUGUGGAUCCAUAAUAAAUUCCAGUCCUCAUUUAGAGUACUAAAAAUCCAAGUUCUACUUGGUCCCUAUUCUGCCCUCCCCAUUCCUUUCCUGAAGAGACAGAGAGGAAAAAGCUGUGGAAGAAAGCAGAGGGUUACAAAAGAGAUACUUGGGAUUGCUUCUUUUGGAAGCAACAGUUCCUCAGGGACUCCUGGUCCAAAUGCAAGUACUGAAAAGUAGAAACAAGGAAGUUCAACACACAGAUUUGGUGUAAUUUCAGCGUUUAGUGUUUGUGCUGUAGAUGAGAGGUGUUUGGCACAUGGGUGUGACAGAUGUUUGCAGUAGGUCUGAGUGAGCUGGGAAUUUCCCAGGAAUGGGGGGAAAUAGCCAAUAGCUCCUUAGAAUCCUCUGUUCUGGUGAAAGAAUUCUUUGGGAGUGUUUGGAAAAGGUAGAAAGAACACAAUAAAAUCUCUGAGGUCUCUACCUGAAAUGGGAAAGAGAACAAUCAGGGUGUGAGAAUUGUUUGAAGCACAAUCUCUGUGCUCUAUAGCAAGAGUGCAGGAAAAGAAAACAGCAGAGAAGGAAGGAUAGAAAUGUUUGUCCAGACUGUGAAAUGAUCCCACUUGGUUUUGCCAUGUUCCUGUCUCAGCAGGAUGAGCUGGAAUUCAGCAUGGGACCAGAAAAUGAAACAGCAGUUACUGAGUUCAUCCUAGAGGGUUUCCCAGAGCUUGAUCCGAGACUGCAGCUAUUUUUCUCUUGGGUCCUUCUGCUCAUGUACCUGACAACAGUGAUGGGGAAUGCAACCAUCAUUUUCCUCGUGUGUGUGGAUCACCAGCUGCAAAGCCCCAUGUACUUUUUCAUCAGCAACCUGGCCUUCCUAGAGAUCUGCUUUACAUCCUCCACAAGCAUCAAAUUGUUUGUCAUGCUGAGCUCUGGUCAGAACACUCUCUCACGAAGCAGCUGCUGUGCCCAAAACUAUUUCUAUUUUGCCCUGGGCUGCACAGAGUUCAUCCUGCUCGUUGUCAUGUCCUUUGAGCGCUAUGUUGCCACCUGCCAACCUUUGCUCCAUGCUGCCAUCAUGAAGCCUCAGCUCUGUGUCCACCUGGUUGUUGCUGCUUGGCUCCUCGGCUUUGCCCUGCUGAGCUACCGGCUGUUCUUCCUCUCGGAGCUGUCUUUCUGUGGCUUCAAGAUCCCCCAUUUCCUUUGUGACAACUCCCCCUUGUUCAGACUGUCUUGUUCUGACACCAGCCUGCUUUGGAAAAUAGACUCUGUCUUCUUAGCGUGUGUCGUGCUGGGUUCCUUAUGUUUGACUCUGGCACUUUACACCUGCAUCCUUUUCUGUGUUCUGCAUCUUCCAGCAGCCUCUGGGAGGAAGAAAGCUUUGACUACGUGUUCUUCCCAUCUCAUCACCUUGUCCAUUGCCUAUGGGAGCUGCAUUGCUCUCUACACGUGUCCUGCAGAAGAUGUUUCCUUGAGGACCAACAGAAUUGUAGCUCUGCUCAACACAGUCCUGUACCCAUUCUUAAAUCCAUUCAUCUACAGCCUUCGGAACAAAUCUGUGAUCUUGGCCCUGAACAAAUCCAAUGCCAGGGCAAGAACAAAGCUUUUCCCCUAACCAUGGUGCAUUUCUGGAAAGCCAUCCCAAGAAUCUGAUGUCAUCUGUUGCACACUACCAGUGCCUGUGAGUGCAGCCUCCAAACAGGGCUGCCUCAGGA